CCUUGUACGAAAGAGGAAAUACAGCGGUUGCAAAAGGAGACACGUGCAAGUUCCUUUGGCCUUGCCUGCCCCACCCCUGUUCCGGAGUCCUGAAGGAGCUGUGGCCCCUUUCAAAUAUAUAGAAUCCAACGGAACUGUUACCUCGAGGGAUUCUCCACCGCUUCUUACCAGGAGCAACUUCCCGGAACUUCCCGAGCAAGUCAGCCCAAGGACUCGUUACUCAGAAGCACUGAAAAGUAUCUCACAGCCUAUCUCUCCGUUCGCCAAACUGCUCGAGGACCCGCACAGUAUGAAAGCUCUACUUCUUAAAUUACUCACUAGCAUUGAACAGCUAUGUAACAGGGGGAGCGCAGACCUAAUUAAAAAUGCGGGAAUAACCAAAACUUGGCUUUCGAACGAAUCGAACUUUAAUAUAAAACAUUUCGAAACCGUCCGAAAGGAUAGAAGGCUAAGGCGGGGCGGAGGUGUUGCAAUAUGCCUUCGCAAGGGAAUCAAGUAUACUUACCUAGAUAACCUUUACGAUUGCGACGGAGAAUUGGAGACUUGUGGCGUCAGGCUUUACGCCGGUUCCGGGGACAUCUCCCUGGUCUCCUGCUACAGACCCGCUUCAGGCCGCCUUAUUCCUAUCUCCAACUGGACCAAAUUUUUCAACUAA